GCAUCAUUUGGUUGGUGAGUUGGAUCUAGAACCCCUGUCCCAGCACAAGCACACUGGACACACAGGUGAGCAGACUCGACUUAGUCGGCUACCGUUUGUAGCACGCACUAGCUGAUUCCCAGCAGAGAAACUUGGAAGAUUCUCCGCCAUGUCGCUGCCAAAUUUUGGUUCAAUGUUGCCGUCUCCCGGUGACCUUCUCUCGUCUGCUGCUGACCGCCUGAAGUCGCCUAAUGAUGACCCACCAAGCAAACCUAAGGAUGGCCCAUCAACUAAAGAAGACCCCACAGGCUCUUGUGAAGGGGGACAGUCCACUAAAGAAGACACCCCAUGCUCUGGCAAUGGUGGAAAAUCGACUGAAGAAUAUAAAACAUUGCUUGAGGAAAAUGCGAAACUUCUGAAAAACAGAAAAGAAGAAGCUAAACAGAUCUUCAUUAAAUAUAUAUUGCCGUUAUUUGUGGGAGUUACCGCAGGUGCUGUUAUUGGUGGUGUUGUAGGGGCCACUGCAUUUAAACCUGCUAAAUGUACCACCUGUCAAAGUUAUAGCCCCUUAGUUCUUAACCCUGUACCAGGCAUAUUCGAUCCCCUAACCCCAAAAGAAAUGGAACAAAUUGAAGAACUACUGAUAGAAUCAGAAAUCGUGGAUAACCGAACUUCUCCGCUUGGUUUUAACUCCACCUAUGUCGCGUCAAUGUCCAUGUAUCCGCCUGAUAAAAAUGAAACUUUGAAAUACUACCAAAACCAGAGCAGUUUUGUCGGCAGAUUUGCAGAAGUUCAUGUGGUAGGAACGACAGAAAUCCGGAUCCUUCUAGUGGGGCCGUUGAAUGUUGAGCCAGUGGCUGUACAAACAAUGUCAUCACUUCCAGCUGACUCCAGGCAUAUUGAUGUGGUCAUGAAUAAAGAACUGGAAAUAUUCAUCCAGCCAGUGAUGACAGAGUUGAAGCCCAUCCUGGAAGAAAGCUUUGAUGGAGCCACGUAUCCCAGGGAUCUUGCUGUCAACUUCAAGACUGGAUUUAACCGGCCUGGACCCACAGGCCGUGAAAUCAGGUUUUCACUACAUUUUCGGGGUCUUGGUGAAGUGGACAAAGAUCUGUUUCAUGUGCUCCCUGUUUCUGGUGUCAUCUCAUACAGUGGAAGUUCACUUGAAGACUGGCAAAUAAGGGAACUCUUUUACUUGAACCAGGGCCCCUUUACUAAUGCUAGUGAGCUCCUUGCAGCUUAUGCUGAAAAUAGUAUUAAUAAAGUUCAUCUUCCCGAAGGCUACAGAAAAAGUCUAAAUGAAAGGGUAUUUCCCCGGAGUCUGGCAGAAAAAAGAGAAAAUAGCGAGGUACCACCACCAAGAAGUUAUUCCCCUGGGAGACCACGAUAUACGAUAAAUAACUACAACAUAACGUGGAUGGGUUGGAACUUCGCCCUCAGUAACAACCCAAUGCGUGGACUGGCCAUCUACAAUGUUCACUUCAGUGAGGUUCGGAUUUUGUAUGAGAUGGCGCUACAAGAUAUCCUGGUGAGACACACUGCCGACACCCACGGAGAAAACAACGCCGUGAACCUAUUGUCCUCCUCCAACAUUGGGGAAUACGAGGCAGUAAUACCUGGCGUCGAUUGCCCAGAGAGAGCGACCCUGCUCAACACGACAUACUGGAACACUGUGCUGCGAGCAGGGACAACGACCAGGUCAAUCUGCGUGUUUGAAGGAGAUGGGGAAAUGCCAUUGUGGAGAAGGAGGGCAAACAGAUACGCUGCUGGCCUAAGGGACAACUACCUGGUAGUGAGAGCCACAUCCAGGGUAGGUAACCUGGAUUUUACAAUGGAAUAUAGAUUCCAUCUGGACGGAACUAUAGACACCAACAUCCACAGUUUCGGCUCGUUGCAGGGCGCCUUCUGGGAUUCUAACAGUUCAAAUAUCUUCGCCGCUUCUGACAAGAGAAAUGCGUUUGGCUACAACCUUACAGACUACGUUGGCGGUAUAUCUGGAAGUCAUUCGUUCAACUUCAAGGUGGACCUAGAUGUGGAGGACACGCUGAAUUCCUUUCAUGAAAUCUCCUGGAAACAAGGCCAAGCAGUGUCAGCACUUCGGUCAUUAAAAGAUAUCAAGGAAAGCCCUAACUACUUUGUGUCCAACGCCACACUCUACCCUUCACUUGAAACUAUCGGCGAGGAAAGGGGUUUAGUUAAGGCCGGUAAGCCGCAAGUGUGGCUGGUAUCGUCUAAGGAUACUUCCUACUCUGGCUACCAGGUGACACUAGACACUUCUCUCAUUGACUUUGUUCAGGACAAAGACCCAGGCGCAGACAUGUCAUCGUUCACUAAGCACGACCUGACAGUGCUCCUGCGCAACGAGCAGGAACAGUACUUCACCAUGCCAUAUGACGCCAACACUAUGCCCAACUCACUGGUCAACCUGGAUAAACUGACCAACCCGUCUGAGAGCACUAACAACACCGAUAUCGUUCUCUCCAUCAACGUGGGCUUCAUGGACAUGCCCCGCACAGAGGACAUACCGGUACAGCGCCGUCAGUCGGCUUCCUUCCAUCUCCAGCCCUUCAACAUGUUCCACGGUUCCCCGGACCAGGACCUCCCCUCCUUCUUCCACGUCGCUGACGGCAGCAUCAAGGACAUGCCAGCUGACUUUGACAGCUGUACUGAACCAAGGGCCCCACUGGAGACCGACUUCCUUUAGUGAUUUCAACAUGAGUAUACGGCAUGCAAAGUUACACCUGCACAAGACAUCCGGUAGUGGGACAGGUCAUGUUUGUUCAUAGUGUUAUAGAUGCCAAUUUGCUUAAAGGGAGAUCAGGCUAGCUAAUUUGAUUGAAGCCAUACAAAUCCUGCUCUAUUUGUCUGCGUGUUCAAUUUGUAUAAUAUAUAUUUAUCUAGCAGCUGAUGUUUACUCUUAUUGCAUGCAGAUAACGUAUCAGUUUGUCACAAGUCACUGAUUACAACGUCUAGACCUAGCCUGAAAAAUUGGCAUCAGAUCGUGAAGCAUAGUAUCGCUUUUAAACUAUUAUGAACAGUAUGGAGUCGUCACAUCAGGUGUCCAUAAUAACGUUCAAUAUUAUUUUUCCGCUUCCAUUUUGUUUUCCUGAGGCUGAACCGCGACCAUCUGGAUUCGUGGCGCCAUAUAUCAAACUAAAUAUAUAUGAUGAUAUAUUUUCUACAUAUUCUCAGACUAAAAGGUAUCGGCCUGGCGGGUGUUCUCCACGAAGAUCCGAAUUGUUGAAGCCUUCCCCGUCAACUGUGCCCUCCUAGGCUCUGUAGGGUACUCACCACCUACCCUCCAUCAGCAGUGUUAAACCUAGGUGAUAUCUACUCAUGCGAACAGACAUAUGCUUAAGUGUUAAAUUUAUUAAGAGGUCAGACAUUUAUUAAAGGCAGUGUGGAGAGUCUGCUCAUAGCAUUUGAACUCCCAAUAUCUAUCCAGUAUUUUGCGAUCCUUUCAAAGUACUGUUUAUGACUCCAACUGAAAAUUUCUUUUAAGUUGAACCUCAACGCCCCCAAGCCGCUCCAAUCCCCAAAACACACAUACAGACAAUUGAUAAACCACAUACACGCCUACAACAAAUAUGCUUUAGUUCCCAAAUAUAUAUGUAUGUCCCUGUCUUCAUUAAUGUUUUAACUGAUUGUGUGAUAAAACUUUUAACUGUACAAACACGUGGUAAUCACAUGUUCUUUUGUCUGUAUAAAUGCUUCUUUGAAUUCUUAUUUGAAUUAAACUCCGUUGGGUUCCUACUCCAUCAGUUGUAUUCUCUGUAUCAGUUUGUAUUAUACUGUGUAGCUCUCUACUGUAUAACAGGUACAGCGACUGGUGCGGAUGAUUAAUAUAUGUGUCCAGGGUGUGCCGACAGGUGUGGGUACGACCAGAACACAGAAUAUAUCUCAUGGGUCUGUUACAGGCCACGGGAACCAGGAAAGCUGACGUCAGCUGAACAGUCAUUUUAUUAUGUUCGUGGUGAUAACGAGAUUUGUUUCAAACGUGGUUGAAAACGAUCAUGCAUGCGAUGAUUCAGCAGGACGUCAUAUGAUCCAGGCAUAGUUUACCUCGCAUUAAAAUGAAAUAUUUAAAUUC